AUGGACAGCGUCGCAGCUACCGAGUCGCAGUGGCUGACACAGUUAGCAGCCAUGCGCCAGGCUAUUGCUGAUCUGAAGCUCCCCCAAGACCUUCCUCACGAAUCGAUCAGCUAUGGAAGCGAUAUUGAUCUGGACAUUGACGAUGACUACUCGUCUCCAGGAACAAAUGAUGAUGUGUGGGAUAUCAUCAGCUCGGACGAUGAAACUUCCGAUGACCUGGACGACUUGCAUGGACUCGAUGGACUUCAUCUCGCACCGGUGUCCUCAUACAAUCGGUUGUGGCUAGAAGACAAGUGCCAGGAUCUGGCCGUACGGAACUCAACUAUGGAUGCAACAGAGCUUGCUCAACAAGUCAUCGCCACCCUGGCUGCUGACAGCAACGACGAGGAGCUACAAAUGUCUUUGGCCGAGAUUGUUGGAUUCGAUGACCUGGAUCUGGUAAUUGAGCUGAUUGCACACCGAGGAGAAAUUCUGUCGGACAAGGGACCCCGCUUAGAAUCCCAGACAGAUGGGCUCAUGGCAGGUAGACUCCAAACACGAGCAGAGAGAGAACAUGCUCUGCAGCAGCGCGACUUCGAACAUAAGCAUGCAGCCUUGAUGCCGGCCCAGACCCGAUCGGAGCCCUCCUACCCGCAUCGAGCAGAUCGAGGAACCGAAAUACACAGAAUUCGCGAUUCCGGCGUCGAAGGUUGGAACACUGGGAAAGGGCCGGAAACUCGUUGA